GAAUAUUUUGUUAACAUUUUAUUUUACUUCACAUUUGCAGCAAAAAAAGUUGACAAAACAAUGGAAAAUAUAUAAAUCCAAUUCAGAAAUACUAUGUAAUCGUGGAGGUACUUCCGCUGAUCAGUAUGGCUGCGACAAAAAGAUCCUGGAAACUACAGGAAUUUGUUGCACACAGUGAUAAUGUAACAUGCCUUGCCAUUGGGCCAACGUCUGGCCGAGUUAUGGUCACUGGUGGAGAGGACAAGAAAGUAAAUAUGUGGGCUAUUGGGAAACCUAAUGUAAUCUUAAGUUUAUCUGGUCACACUACGUCUGUUGAAUGUGUUCAGUUUAAUGGAAGUGAAGAGUUGGUUUGUGCGGGAUCACAAUCUGGAACUCUAAAAAUUUGGGACUUAGAAGCUGCUAAAGUUGUGCGUACAUUAACUGGGCACAAGGCCAACAUUAAGAGUAUAGAUUUUCAUCCAUAUGGAGAGUUUAUUGCAUCUGGGUCAUUGGAUACUACCGUUCGGCUGUGGGAUGUUCGUAGAAAAGGAUGUAUUGUUAGUUAUAAGGGUCACACAAAUGCAGUAAAUCAUUUAAGGUUUAGUCCUGAUGGCAGAUGGGUGAUAUCUGCAGGGGAAGACGGGCUUGUGAAGCUUUGGGACUUGAAUGCUGGUAAGCUUCUGGCUGACUUCAUAUUACAUACUGGGCCAGUGAACAAUGUUGAGUUUCAUCCUCGGGAGUUUCUUGUUGCAACUGGCUCAUCUGAUAGAACUGUCAAGUUUUGGGACUUAGAGACGUUUGGAUUAAUCUCUUCGACAGAUGUUGAAGCUAGUGCUGUGAGGACUGUAACCUUCCAUCCAGAAGGUUUAUGUUUGUUCAGUGGUGGCCACGAUUCACUAAGGUCCUAUUCGUGGGAACCAAGUUACUGCUACGAUGCUCAAACACUAGGCUGGGGAAAUGUGUCAGACAUGGCUUUUUCUUCAAAUCAGUUGAUUGGUGCUUCCUAUCAAGCUACAAAUGUUUCAGUUUGGGUUGCUUCGAUGGAUGGUUUAGAAGAAGUGAUAGAAAAGGCUGACAACGAUUCUUACAUAGGAGCAGUUGAAGUGAAUCAUUCUGUUCAACCAUCAGAACAACCUUCGUAUAAAAAGCAAAGUCCUUCAAGGAAAUCUUUCACAAGACCCAAAACUUCAUCUUCGAAACCAAAGAAGUCAGGAAAAGAAGAUGAAGGUCUGUCGCAAUUCAAUAAAGCAGUGGAAGAGAAAUUGAAAGACCCAACCGUCAACUAUGAAAACGUGUUUCAACCGAAAUCUGCACUGAAUCGUUCUCCGUCAGCGCAAAGAAAGAAUCCUGAACCUUUCUCAGUUCCAAAAGAUGAAGAAAGACAAGGUCCAAAUCUUCGGCCCCCAACUCAACCUAACUCAGCUCCACCCAGCAGACCAAGUGUUGAACAUAUCCCUCCUCCUGUUGCAAAACCGGUUCCAGAACCAGUCCCUGUGGCAGCACCUGUUUAUAAACCACCUCCAGUCGAGCAGGAACCAUUCCAAGCACCACAACAACCAGCCGCCAGCCAAGCUUUCCCUGUACAGUAUCAACAACCGUCACGAGCGGGAACGCCGUCAUCACGAGGCUCUCAACCCGCAUCGUCGCGCAGUUCGCAACCCAUGCAGUCGCGACCACCCCAACAGUCACGUCAACAAUCUCGUCAACCAGUACAAAGACAUGCACCGUCUGAACCAGAAAUCAAUGACGGAAUGAGAGGGAUGAAUUUGAAUGACUUUUCUAAGGUGAAAGACAAUAAUCGUGCCCAGACUCCUAACGAUGAAGAAAGCACGCUAACUAUACUAGAGAGAAGUCACAGUUCAAUAUGUCAAAUUAUGGAAGCUAGACUGCAAAACUUAUCUCUUGUUAGUAGACUGUGGACUGAAGGAGACAUCAAGGCUGCUGUGGAAACUGCUAGCUCGAUGUCAGAUCAGUCUGUAUUUAUCGACAUCAUGAAUGUUCUAGUUUUAAAACAAAGCCUUUGGACGCUUGAUUUAUGCGGAAGUGUUCUUUCUCAGUUGAAGUCUGUAUUCUCUAGCAAUUAUGAAAGUUACAUUGAAACUGGUAGUCAAUCGUUAAAACUAAUCCUAAAGAAUUUUUCACAACUUAUAAAAAGUACGUUGAGCACUCCACCGGGAGCUGGAGGUGUGGACUUGAGUAGAGAAGAAAGAUACAAGAAAUGCGAGAAAUGUUAUAGACACAUAAAAGACAUUCGAUUCGUUAUAAACGAUCGCACCCACACGCCCGGGCGUAUCGGCUCGCUAUGUCGAGAACUAUCUUUAGCACUUAAUAUAUUUGAUUAGAAUGCAUGAUUCUGAUUGAUUGAUUGCAUAGUCACGUGUCAUCGUCGUCAUGACAAUAAUUUGGGAUGAACUGGACCGCGAAUAUUUUGUUAUUGAUAAAUUCGAUCUAAUUUAAUAUAUACAUAUAUUCUAUUUUUAUCACAAUGUUUACAAGUUCUGUUACCAUAGUAACUUACAGUGUUGAGCAAAGUACAAUCGUUUUAUAAAGGAUGCAAAUUUUGGCUACUAAAAACAGUUUCUGAGACUUUCCUCAUUUUAAGUGUCGAAGUGUUAUACGACAUCAAAUGUGAUUAAAAGGGAAGUCUAAUUUUAAUUGGAGCUUAACUGGGCAAGCAACACGUAAAUUUUGUCUUCCCAAGUUAAAUGAUGAUUAUAGAAAAGAAAAACCUAACAAACAUGUCGUGAUACGGGAAAUGGUUUGUUAAAAACACAAAUCGUUGCGUCAUAUUAACCUAGCCUCUCAUUGAAUAUGUGUACAAAAUUUUAGUCGAUAUUUGAAGUUUUUUUCGAUAAAUUUUCUCUAGGAUAAUUUUGGGUUUUUUAAAGCAAGUUGUUUGUAACUUUCUUACCACUACGACCACUGUAAAGCUUAGACAAGGAAGGUGGUCGUUGUAAUUUUUAUUGAUUGUAAAUACAGUAAAUAAUCUCCUUCGCAGAGCCUGUAUGUGUAUAAGCUGUGCAAAGAAGAUAUUUUCGUGUAUUUAAGUUGUGUCUGCUGUUAGGAUGACACAGUUGUAUAAUGUAAAUGCUGUCUACAAAAUUCUUUAUUUAUGGAAUGAA